GUCGCACUUCAUGGCGGGGAGCCACCGGCUCAAGAAUUAGCUACAACUACUAUUUCCUCUUCCUGUAUGGCGAUAUGUGGCAAGGAGGCUGAUUCUAAGUGCUGUGCAAAGGUGUGUUUGGUCAACGUCUACCCAGAAGGGCAAUCUGAAAGAGCCAUCAGAAUGUACGCAAUUAUUGAUGAACAAAGCAAUAGGUCUCUGGCAAAACCUAAAUUCUUUGAGAUUUUCGGCAUAGCAGGAGAAGCAACACCAUAUACACUCAACACUUGUUCUGGUCGUGUAGAGACUUAUGGCAGAAGAGCCACUGGAUACCUUAUCUCCUCCAUAAAAGGGAACGUUCAUAUACCCUUGCCAACGUUAAUUGAAUGCGACCAAAUACCAGAUGAAAGAGAUGAAAUUCCUACUCCAGAAGCUGCAUAUCAUCAUUCCCACUUGAAACAUCUAGCUAGUGAGAUCCUCCCUAUGGACAUGAAUGCUGACAUCCUACUUCUGCUCGGGAGAGACAUUCUGAGGGUCCACAAGGUGCGUCAACAAUGCAACGGUCCUGAUAAUGCCCCAUAUGCACAGAGACUCGAUUUAGGCUGGGUAAUCGUGGGCGAUGUAUGUAUAAAUAAAAGCCACAAACCAUCUCAAGUGAACUCCUUCAAAACCUUUGUGCUCAACAAUGGUCGCACAUCUCAUUUUAAGCCAUGUGUUCAUCAUUAUGAGGUGAAGGAAAGGCUUUCUAACCUCUUAAAGACACCAGACAUCAUUCCUACCAGUUAUGACAACUUAGGAAAAACUGUGUUUUGUACAACACCAGACGACGACAAACUGGCCUUGUCCAUGGAUGACAAAGAGUUUAUUAAAAUAAUGGACGAUGAAUUCUUCAAAGAUGCAUCUAACCACUGGGUUGCACCUUUACCUUUCCGUGCUGUAAGAGCCAGACUCCCUGACAACCGGGAACAAGCACUCUCCAGAUUCAUCUCCUUGCAACGUACGUUAAAAAACAAACCAGAAAUGAAAAGUCAUUUUGUGGCCUUCAUGGAAAAAAUAUUUUGCAAUGAUCAUGCAGAGCUGGCUCCACCCUUACAAGAGCAUGAAGAAUGCUGGUACCUUCCAUCCUUUGGGGUAUAUCACCCACGGAAGCCAAACCAAAUAAGAGUGGUAUUCGAUUCAAGUGCCAAACAUAACGGCGUAUCUCUGAACGACGUCUUUGGAUAGUGGGAGCAAAAAGACAGGUUGCUCAUAUUAUUCACCAUUGCAUUAACUGUCGCAAGGCGAGAGGAAAAUUACAACAUCAACAAAUGUCUGAUUUGCCAGUUGAUAGGACAAGCACCGAACCACCGUUCACUUAUGUUGGUCUGGACGUCUU